AUGGGACUCUGGCUAACUGUGGAAGCUACAUUGGCUGCUGAUCUUGCUACUGAGGCUCUCAUGAUGUCUCCAGGUCUUGUCGAGCGGAUUCGACGGUCCAAAAGCUCCGAAGAACGCGAGAGCAACCUUGAAAAGCUCCUCAUCGUUGUCAAUUCGGAGACAUACCUUCCAUAUAUCGUCCGCUCGGAAGAACAGCAUCCAAUCUACGGCAAUGCUACGAAGGACGUAUAUCUUUCAAACUACAGAGAUGUACAGGGAAUCAAAUUCCCUCACACCAUCCAGACCAUAUACAGCUCAUCUAGCCAGCGGCUCAACGUGGUUCUCGAAGACUUUGUCAUUGGCAAGAUCAACGCUACAGCAAAAUUGGGCGAUAAUUUCUUCGAUCUUGUUCCUCACGGCCAGAAAGUAAAUAUAUCGGAAAAGCAUCCUGAUGUUCCCAGUGGUCUUGUCACAGAUUAUAGCACGAGUUUGCUCGGGUCGCCGGUCAAGAAUGUCAGCGUGGAGGCUUUGAAAUCAGCCCGGCUUGUUGAUCUGCCGCAAGUGUAUUGGCUUAUUAUCGAUGAUGGCCAUGAUCUUGGGUUUAAACAGCGUAUUAUUGAGUUUGAGACUGAAGUCAUUGUGUGCGAUGCACCGCCUCUCUGGAGUGAGGCUGUCAUGGAGUGGGUUGAGAAGAAUAUUGGCAAGAAGGUCACCUACAUGGCGCUACUCAAACACACCCUUUACGUUCAUCGUGACAACAAGGUCCAAGCAUGGUUCAACUGGUCUGAUCAAGCGCCUCACGCAGCCGACUGGACUUAUGUAAUGGUUACAGAGCAAUGUCCUGAUAAAAACUCCUCCAUAUUUGUCUAUGAGGCUGAUACAUGGGAGGCUGGCCUGGGUGAUGAUUUGGGUAAUCGGCAGCAGUGUGAUGCCGACACAUGGAUGGAUUACUUCGCUACAACAGCUGAUCUACACCACGGCUUUAUCCAUAUCCUGAUUUUGACAUUGGCCGUUGGAAUAAUGCUAAUCAAUUACCGGGCUUUCUGA